ACACAUCGAUUUGCCACGAUGGCUUCAUGUCUGUUUACAUAUCAAAGGUGCACUUUGCUGGUCUUCCUUUCACCAUCUAUGUUCAAGAUGAACACAGCGGAUAUUACCAAGCCAUCGCUAUAGCAAAACAGUGCCACUACUUCCUUGGAGAAACAGACAGCUUUAUGGUCUUAACAGUUGCCUUCCAUGGAUGUUUUGUGAAAAGACAAAAAUCGAUGACAAAGCUGAAUGUCGUCAUCAUGGCGCUUGCAGACAGUGGCAGAGUUGGAAUUGUCAAGUCGAUACCUCUGAUCUGUGAAAGGAAAAUUAAAGAGGUGAUCAAACAUGAAAAUCCACUGGUAUCAAGAGAUGUUUUCUGCAACAAGGACGGGUUCAACAUCACCAUCACUCAGAAUGCCACAGUCCCACCUCUGAACCUGGAUGCAGUCUGGAUCCCUUCCAGCCAAAGCCACACUUGUAAACCCCAAAAAAGGUCAAAGGAUGCUGUCACUUUCAGCUUUCCUUUCACUAAUUGCGGCACCCAAUCUGUGAUUGCAGAUGGGGUUAUAACCUACUGGGUCAGUAUUGAAGUGAAACAACAUGCACAGAAAGGCUCUAUAUUUCGAGAAGCUCCUUUCCAUCGUACUGUGCAUUGUAGCUUUGCACUGGCCCAAGCGACUCAGCUGGGCGUCAAGGUUCAGGGAGAAAAACCUGAGUAUGUGUCAACACUGAAGAGUGAGGGAAUACUGAGGACUGAAAUGAGGUUUGCUAAAGAUUCCAGUUACAAGUCUUUCUAUUCCUCUCGAGACCCUCCAACAGUAACCGAGCUUGGCCAGCCCGUGUAUGUGGAGGUGUUUGUUCUCAAACAUGAGGACAAGGAUUUAGUGCUGCUGCUAGAGGACUGCUGGGCAACGCCAACUAAAAACCCACAUGAUCCACAGAGAUGGAACCUGCUUGUUAAAGGAUGUCCUUUCAGUGGUGAUAGCCACAGAACUGUUGUGUUGCCAGUUGUUUACAGUAAGGAGCUGAAAAAUCCCUCUCUUCAUAAAUGGUUUGUGGUUAAGCUGUUCUCAUUUGUGAAGCCCCCGACAUUUGAAAGCCUGGUAUAUUUCCACUGUGAUAUAGAGAUCUGUAAAGGACAGCAUUGCUUACAGACCUGCAGCAGUGGAAAGCGUAAAUUAAGAAGAAUCACACCAGGGCCAAGACAGAGGAUUCUUCACAGUGUAGUCUCCGGUGGACCUCUUCUUUAUCUGCUGUAGCUAAAUAACCAGAAAAGGGAUGCCAUGUCAAGUCAUAUUUGGAAGCACAAUUUACAGAAGUUCAGCCAAGAACUGUGUGAUUUUUUUACUGAAAAUAAACACAUACCUUACUAUAGUGGCCCUUAGUGAGCAGAUUUGAGCAGAUGUCUUUUGCUUGUGGGAAAGGCCUGUAUUAUUUAACAUAA